AUACAACUGUAGAUGGAGUUGUAGUUGUCUCUCAAAUUUAAACUCCACCCACCCGGCCCCUGGGAAAGCUUAAACUAACAACGUCAAUGUCUGGGCGCUCUUGUCGAGUAUCUCAGAAUAUGUCAUGUUAUUUGAAGAUGAUUUAGUGGAACCAGUUGGAUGAUUGUAUGGACUGUAGGCUACAAUGCUGUUUUCUCAAAGAAGAAAACUGAAGGUGACGCUGCUGCAUAUCUUCGUACUCUGCUCAGCCCAGCAUUCAGCCCAACCUCAGACUCGGCAGGUGAAUGGCAUCGUGGGAACGUUUUUCUAUUUUCCAGAAAGGGUGUUGAACUCUGGCAGUUUACUUUAUGGAGACCUUGGCAGUAUUGCACAGGUGUACCCUGGUAAACAAAGUAAAACCAACCUUGUGAAGAGAUUUAAAAACCACCUUCACUGGAACAAUGUCACUGGAUUCUUCACUUUGUCAGAUCUACAAAUAGACGAUUCUGGGGUUUAUACUGUGGAGAAUACAGAUGGAGCUCAAGAGAAGACAACACAUACAUUUCAGCUGACUGUGUACUAUGUUCUGUCCAAACCUCAGGUGACAGUCCAUGAGAACAUCUCCUGUAGUGUUGUGUGUUCUGUGGAGAACGGGAGAGAGGUGACCCUGUCCUGGUACAAAGGGGGGGAGAUACUCAACCAGACCAGCAGCCCUGACCACAACAUCACCCUCUCUCUACCUCUCAAGGUGGAUGAACAGAACAGAGACUCUUACAGAUGUGAGGCUGCCAACCCAGUCAGCAAGGAGACAGCUGUUGUUCCACAUUCCUGUAUAGAGAGUGAUCCCUUCAAGGUGACAGAUGGUGAUGAGAGGACUCGAGGUCAUCUUAUUAUUGCUGUGAUCUGCAAUUUGGUUGCCUCAGGACUUGUUGGUCUUGCAAUGUAUCUUAAGAAGAGGAGAUUCGGACACUCACAUGCAGAUUCACCUGAAAGAGAGCAAGAUGACGUUCAGUAUGCAGAGAUAACUCACAUUAAACCAGCAGAAAACCAGGAGGAGCGAACAGGUAUACCAGGACUGGAGUCACUUAGAGACAACCCUAACCUGACAGUUUAUUAUACACUCCAGGUACAUCACAUGGCUGCCAGUGAGGAUGUUAACACUGCAUGAAGUUACUGAGAGGGUGACAUGAUAAUUCACAUCCCAGAGAAGGCGUUACAUCCUGAAGAGGACGUUAAAGACAAAAUUAUAGUCAAUAUUCAUUUUAGAAAACUUCAUGGAGACACAGUUGUUCCUGGAGACAAUUCCCAUUUAACCAAUGCGCUGUUGUCAUUUCAGUCAUUUCAGACUUCAUUUGUUGGUCAUUCUCACUGUCUUUUGUUGAAUUGGGCCUUGAUGAGAUUAACUGAUGCAGGCAAAUUAAAUAACUAUGCCUAGGGUUAUUAGUAGGAUGAUCCCUCUUUUCAAGUGCCCAUUGUCCGAAUGUAUAGGUUAAAACAAAUUUAACCUAUUUUAAUACAUUUCACUAGUGUGUUUUCUAUGCUUUGCUGGUCAGAAGCUUCUUUUCAGUUCUGUCUGUUUUGUUGUUUAAAUGUAGGUGCCUCCCCUCUAUCUUUUUAUAGCUGGUCAUUGUUUAGCUUGCCAGUGGAUAGCAGCUGUGUACAUAAAAAGCAGAUGUUUGGUGAGAUAAAACCGCCUACUCCUCAGCAUAAUGGCUAUUAGGCUACGUUGGAAACCACCAUAUAGAUUCUGUUGAAACACUUCUGAGUGGUAGAUCUUGAUUUGCCUUUUGACUCAGAAAGUGUUCUUGGUUGACAUUUUACUCUCACAAAAUGCAAUCGUGAUUAAGUGUAGUUCAGAUCUUGCUUUGACAACAACUGUGUUCACGCAGUUUGAAUGUACCAGAGUCACAGUUUAGUUUAUUAUGAUGGACCACUUAUUGCUUGUCCUUAUCUACACAGUAUUUAGCUCAACAGGAUAUCCCGUUGAAAAGGGAACACCCCCUCCCAUUCAGCUGAAAAAAAUAUUCUUUAGAAAUAUUUAACUUUCACACAUUAACAAGUCCAAUACAGCAAAUGAAAGAUACACAUCUUGUUAAUCUACCCAUCGUGUCCGAUUUUUAAAAUGUUUUACAGUGAAAACACAACAUUUAUUUAUGUUAGAUGACCACCAAAUUGAAAAACGCACAGAGCGAUAUUUCACAGUCACAAAAGCAUAAAUAUAGAUUAAAUGAAUCACUAACCUUUGAUUAUCUCCAUCAGAUGACACUCAUAUGACAUCAUGUUAUACAUGUAUUGUGUGUUUUGUUCGAUAAUGUGCAUAUAUACACACUGCUCAAAAAAAUAAAGGGAACACUAAAAUAACACAUCCUAGAUCUGAAUGAAUGAAAUAUUCUUAUUAAAUACUUUUUUCUUUACAUAGUUGAAUGUGCUGACAACACAAAAAUUAUCAAUGGAAAUCAAAUUUAUCAACCCAUGGAGGUCUGGAUUUGGAGUCACACUCAAAAUUAAAGUGGAAAACCACACUACAGGCUGAUCCAACUUUGAUGGAAUGUCCUUAAAACAAGUCAAAAUGAGGCUCAGUAGUGUGUGUGGCCUCCACGUGCCUGUAUGGUCAAUAACAAAAGUUUAUCUCAAUACUUUGUUAUAUACCCUUUGUUGGCAAUGACAGAGGUCAAACGUUUUCUGUAAGUCUUCACAAGGUUUUCACACACUGUUGCUGGUAUUUUGGCCCAUUCCUCCAUGCAGAUAUCCUCUAGAGCAGUGAUGUUUUGGGGCUGUUGCUGGGCAACACGGACUUUCAAGUUCCUCCAAAGAUUUUCUAUGGGGUUGAGAUCUGGAGACUGGCUAGGCCACUCCAGGACCUUGAAAUGCUUCUUACGAAGCCACUCUUUCGUUGCCCGGGCGGUGUGUUUGGGAUCAUUGUCAUGCUGAAAGACCCAGCCACGUUUCAUCUUCAAUGCCCUUGCUGAUGGAAGGAGGUUUUCACUCAAAAUCUCACGAUACCUGGCCCCAUUCAUUCUUUCCUUUACACAGAUCAUUCGUCCUGGUCCCUUUGCAGAAAAACAGCCCCAAAGCAUGAUGUUUCCACCCCCAUGCUUCACAGUAGGUAUGGUGUUCUUUGGAUGCAACUCAGCAUUCUUUGUCCUCCAAACACGACGAGUUGAGUUUUUACCAAAAAGUUAUAUUUUGGUUUCAUCUGACCAUAUGACAUUCUCCCAAUCUUCAUCUGGAUCAUCCAAAUGCUCUCUAGCAAACUUCAGACGGGCCUGGACAUGUACUGCUUAAGCAGGGGGACACGUCUGGCACUGCAGGAUUUGAGUCCCUGGCGGCGUAGUGUGUUACUGAUGGUAGGCUUUGUUACUUUGGUCCCAGCUCUCUGCAGGUCAUUCACUAGGUCCCCCUGUGUGAUUCUGGGAUUUUUGCUCAACGUUCUUGUGAUCAUUUUGACCCCAUGGGGUGAGAUCUUGCGUGGAGCCCCAGAUCGAGGGAGAUUAUCAGUGGUCUUGUAUGUCUUCCAUUUCCUAAUAAUUGCUCCCACAGUUGAUUUCUUCAAACCCAGCUGCUUACCUAUUGCAGAUUCAGUCUUCCCAGCCUGGUGCAGGUCUACAAUUUUGUUUCUGGUGUCCUUUGACAGCUCUUUGGUCUCGGCCAUAGUGGAGUUUGGAGUGUGACUGUUUGAGGUCGUGGACAGGUGUCUUUUAUACUGAUAAGUUCAAACAGGUGCCAUUAAUACAGGUAACGAGUGGAGGACAGAGGAGCCUCUUAAAGAAGACGUUACAGGUCUGUGAGAGCCAGAAAUUAUUUUCCACCAUAAUUUGAAAAUCAGUUCAUUAAAAAUCCUACAAUGUGA